AUGAACCUAAGCUUCUUUGACCAAUUUACAAGCCCAUGCCUUUUAGGAAUCCCCUUAAUUGUUAUCUCAAUAUUAUUUCCCUCCUUACUAAUCCCAAACUUUGAUAACCGAUGAGUUACCAACCGCCUAUCUACUCUACAAUCCUGACUUCUAAACCUCAUUACCAAACAACUAAUAAUCCCCAUAGACAAAAAGGGCCACAAAUGAGCCCUAAUCCUCACAUCCCUAACAAUCCUUCUAUUAACAAUCAAUCUACUAGGACUACUUCCAUACACAUUUACCCCCACCACUCAACUAUCAAUAAACAUAGCACUAGCCUUUCCUCUAUGGUUUGCCACCCUACUCACAGGCCUACGAAACCAACCCUCAAUUUCCUUAGGCCACCUCCUUCCCGAAGGUACCCCAGCCAUACUGAUCCCAAUUCUAAUCCUAAUCGAAACUACCAGCCUACUAAUUCGCCCACUAGCCCUAGCAGUUCGCCUUACAGCCAACCUCACAGCAGGUCACCUCCUUAUUCAACUUAUCUCAACAGCUGCAACAGCUCUUCUUCCAAUUAUACCAACAAUCUCCGUCCUAACUACAAUCAUCCUCCUCCUACUCACAAUUCUAGAAGUUGCAGUAGCUAUAAUCCAAGCCUACGUUUUUGUCCUGCUACUUAGCCUAUACUUACAAGAAAACAUCUAA